AUGCGAAAUAACAACCUCCACUCUAGACCUUCGGAUCUCAAAUUCGGACAUUUCUAUCCCAUCUAUCUCGCCUAUCCAUCUAUGCUCAACCUGAUCCCGAAGAUCUCGAAGAUCAUCAGAUUUGCCCGCGCGGGCAAGAGGACCCCUCCGCCCAUUCCAUUCGAGCUGGUCCAGCACUCGGGCAUAUUCUUGGAAGAGAAACUCUACACCCAAGCUCUCGACCUUCUCCUGAACAUCCUUACGUCUUCAACAGAGCUUCCAACUUCUGUCUUUGUCCCCUCGCCUCAACAUCUCGCCAUUGCAGCGACUUUUCUUGUCCACCCGUCGACCACUACCUGCGCCAAAACCAUCGAAGAAGAGGAAGCACCCAAUGCCUCUCUACGACUACUACGACUCACGAAUACCCUCGCCGGGCCAAUCUCUGCGAACUUCAGACUGGCAUUCUCCUUCACCCACUUUGAAUCCUCUCGCCAAGGUCGACGGCGGCACGAGCAUGACUCCGACGAUGAUAUGAAACCAUUAAACCUCCACCUGGGCCAGUCCUCAUCCGUAUGGUCCCGCGCAGAGGACUUCUGGCACGCAGUUGGAUGGGCGCUCAAUUGCUCGGUGCUCCACCGUGAGCGAUGGCAGAGAUGGCAGACCUGGCUGGAAUUCAUGUGCGAAGUCCUCGAAGAUGACUGGAACGAGCGAAUUCGUCUGCAUACCUCUACAGAACAGGGGGCUGAGAAAGGCGGCGACGAUUCCAAGAUCCUCAAGGAUAGCCUGAUCCUGCGAUACAUCACGGAGGGCACUGGGGGUUAUGGACGAAACCGUCGGAUCUUGCGCGCUAUCUUUGCCGAUGGAGGCAGCGGCUCCGUUAACGAAUUCCGAGAGGUAUUCCACAAGGAGCUGAAGCAGCGCAAACGGGGCGGCGAGAACGUCAAAAAAAGAGAAGUCGAAGUGAACAUCGACGAAGAGCAGUAUGGCGACUAUCUCGCCAAUGAUGACGACGACGAAGACGGGUCAUCCCCGGGCCAAACCGACAACACGACAGCCAAAGCGAAACGGCCAACACGACAGAGCAAACGUCCCCGACGAGGCACCCGAUCCAAAGACGCCCAUGCUCACGCCAACAAUGACGCCCAAACCACCACCCACACGAAUGGCGACGUUGCCCUUUUCGGAGGCUUUCCCUCCUUAGCUCUACGCCAGCGUCUCCUCCACCUACUCUCCUCCGUAUCGCAACACCUCCCGAAGUGUUUCGUCUCGCUGGAAGAACUAUAUCACCUAUUCGCCGAGAACAUCCGCCACCUGCCCCUGCCUACUUUCCAAGCGCUGGUCUCUCCCUCGAUACUGCCGUACUUCUCGUCCGCCGCGCAGACCACACUCUGCGAGUUCCUACUCUUCCGCAUGCGCGAGAGCCACGCCGCCGACUCCGACGAGCAAUACCUCAACCAGACGAAACUGGUACGAUGUUUCCUGCCAUACGCAGCCAACACAUCCAGCAUCACCGACAACGCCAAGAUAUCCAUCACCCUGGAGUCGUUGUUGAUGCUCCUAGCCGAAAGCGACAUGCUGACGGUGACCCCGGAGUUACAAGGGGCAGUGCAGACGGGGAUCCUGGCGCGCGCGGACAAAGCGCAGGCCGAGAGCAAGAAAAGUCAGAAUAGUCGCAAAUACGAGGACGUCGAGUGGUGCUGGCUUCUGGAAAGUGGUGAGAGGUUGAUGUUUCUUGUGAAUGAGAUUCUGCCACAUGCGAAGAAGACUUAA